AGAACGAACGCUUCCUCCGUCGAGCGCCUCAAGUCCUUCAUGGACAAACUCCCUUCAACCUUGUAGAUACAUCUCGCACUGAAGCUAUCCAUAGACCAUAAGAACGAACAUGACUGGACGCAGAAGUUUUGCGAGGACGACAGUAGUUGAACCUCUGUUCAAAUCAAAGGUCGAAGAGCAAUGUGUAUUCACCUACUUCCGCUCUUAACUCCUUCCCAUUUUUUCCUUCUCUGUCAAACUCCCUUCUCCUUGACUAUGUGGGCAAAUAUCUUCCCAAUUUCAGCCCCGCCAUUCAAUGUUCAUCGUCUACAGCAGCAGAACCAUAAAGCAUCAAUACACCCGCACGCACCCGUUCGCUCUCCACGUCCCUUGCUCAGAACAAGAAAAGGUGCACGUAUCAAGCGUAGGCACCAUGUAAGAUAAGGUGCUCCAACUUGUGCGUGCACAGUUGACAAAUCAGCAUGUCAACUGCGUGGAAGGGGAAAGAUCGGUCGACGACUACGGUGUCACAGACAGACAGACAGACAGGCGCCUGGUGCACCCGCUAAGAGUGGCGAGUGACACCGAUCUGUUUGUUCGAUAAGUUCGCCUUUUUUGCCUCUGUUGAUGACGUGUCUUAACGGUUUUCAUGGACGGGAGAUUUUCUGAGCGCUUUGUCAGUACUCGAUCACCACCUUAAAUCUAUGUCGCUGGAUCCAUUAACACGCCCAAAUUUGUUAGUCUGUGCUUUCGCGUUGAUAUCUAGUUCACUGGCUAGUAUACAAAUUAUCGAGGUAUCUUCUGAAUAUAUUCGUGGUCUGUCUAA